GUUUGCCAAACUCCUGCUUGUUGUCUGAAUUGUUGUUGUCUGUGGCCUGCCCUGAACUUUUGGACUGCCUUUGCCUCACGAUUUGGUACUUCGCAGCCCAACUGGUUCUGACCGCUGCCUGAUUCUGACUAUUCUAUAGCCUCCCGAUUUGGUACUUCUCAGCCGCCUUGUUUCUGACCAUUCUUCUUCUAUUGAUCUCUGCUUUCUUGGAUGUGAGUUCAAAUAUUCCAGUUCUCCUUCGUAAAUAUAUGUAUACGCUAAAACCACUUCUUGGCCCAAAUGGCCAGUGUUGGAGUGAUAUCCUCUGCCUUCCAUUUCCACCCGUGUGCGCAUAUUCUCAGUAGGGGAAUGAACAACAUGGGCUGCCGUAGCUUACAUGUGGCAACAAGAUGCGCAGCGAAGGAAUAUUAUGACGUGGUGGUUGUUGGAGGUGGUGCCGGAGGAAUCACUAUGAGUGCUCGAAUGAAGAGAAAAUUGGGAGCUGGAAAAGUUGCUGUUAUAGAUCCAAGCGAGAAACAUUAUUACCAACCCAUGUGGACAUUAGUUGGUGGUGGUGCCAAACAGCUGGCAAACUCAGAGCGUUCUAUGGCAAGUGUCAUCCCGUCUGGGGUCAAGUGGAUCAAAUCAGAAGUUAAAGGCUUUGAUCCUGACAAGAACAGCAUCCGCAUAGGUGAUGAUAAAGAGAUUAGCUACAAAUAUCUGAUCAUUGCUCUUGGACUUAAAUUACAGUAUGAAAAGAUUAAAGGUUUACCAGAAGGUUUUAACUAUCCAAAAAUCGGGUCCAACUAUUCAGUGAAAACGGUAGAGAAGACUUGGAAAGCUCUGCAGGACUUUAAGAAAGGAAAUGCCAUAUUCACUUUCCCUAACACACCAGUGAAAUGUGCCGGAGCGCCACAAAAAAUCAUGUACUUAUCUGAAGAAUAUUUAAGAAAAACAGGAAAGAGGAAAGAUGCCCAUAUCAUCUUCAACACAUCCUUGGGAGCCAUAUUUGGGGUUAAGAAGUAUGCGGAUGCCCUGCUUGAAAUCAUAAAGGAGAGGAAUAUUGAACUGAACUUUAAGCACAACCUCAUAGAGGUUCGGGCAGACAAGAAUGAAGCAGUAUUUGAAAAUUUGGACAAACCUGGAGAAACUAAAGUUUUAGAGUAUGAGAUGCUUCAUGUGACCCCUCCUAUGGGACCACCUGAUGUCCUAAUAAACAGUGCAGUAGCAGAUGCAGGUGGAUGGGUAGAUGUAAACAAGGAAACUCUGCAGCACAAGAAGUACCCAAAUGUUUUUGGUAUUGGAGACUGCACAAACCUGCCCACCUCAAAAACUGCCGCUGCUAUAGCUGCCCAAUCAGCAGUGCUCGACAAAACCAUUUCCUUGGUAAUGAGCAACAAGAAUUCUUCAGCUAAGUAUGAUGGAUAUACCUCCUGUCCGCUGGUGACUGGUUACUCUAAAGUGAUUCUGGCAGAGUUUGACUAUAAUGCUCAACCUCUGGAGACUUUUCCUAUCGAUCAAAGCAAAGAGAGAAGAAGUAUGUACUACAUGAAGGCAGAUAUGAUGCCUUUUCUCUACUGGAAUCUGCUACUUAAGGGUUAUUGGGGAGGACCUGCACCUUACAGAAAAUUACUGCAUCUUGGUUUCAAGUAGCAAUUUAAUAUGUGAUAGAUUAUUCUGCCAGCCAUAAGAAUUCUAUUUUCAACACUUUCCUGUUAUGUUUUUUCUUUUUUAAUGGAAAUUGCAGUUAAAUAUUUGUAUGCCUUGUAACAGCCACAACAUUAUUUUACCUUUUUAAAACAGAUUCUGUUUUUAGAGAAAAUGUGUUUUCAGUUAUGCAGACCUAUAGAUCAACCAAACAUAUUGUCCUCCCAAUCUGUAAAAGUACAUAUUCAAUGACUAAAUUUGGUGUAUUAAAAUGAAUGCUGCUAAUUUUAUAUAGAACAUCUGAAUGUAUACACAACAUUGUUCUUGUGUGUUUUUAAAACAUUUGACUAAAGUGAAUGUUACAAAAACAAUUGCACAUUGUAAGCAGUAAGAUUAUUUUUUUAUUCAACAAAUGUAAUUGUUCUUUUAUGUAAAGGAUCAUGUGUUUUGUAACAAACAAAGCAACUUAAUAAAAAAUAUCACACUGCA